AUGCUUUCUACUCUUUCUAUUUUUCUCCUCAUCCAAGCUUUCGUCACCCCAUCUCUUACCCUAUCCCUCAAUCGCCGAGCCAAUACCUCCGUCAAUCCCGCCGCUAUCUCUUCCUCAACCUGCACCGACCCCUCCACAACUCUCGACUCCCAUGAUAUCAAUGUCGCCACGCUCGCAAUCUGCGGUGGUAUCGCCGGCGCAAUAACAAAAUGCCAAGGCUCACCGGCGAGCACCAGCGGUGCCAGUGGGACCGCAAGAUUCGAUCUUACGACAACAGUGGCGGGCGCAACAAUUAACGUAUCGAAGGGCAGAUGGGAGGGGUGUAUAAGGGCAGCUAGAGCAGUGUGUGGGGAUAGCCCAUUUGAAGCGGUGUGUGUAGGCGGGGCGAGUGAAGGGGAUGUGAACUUUGUACUGAGCGCAAACUCAUGA